UAAACACGCGAAGAAGAAAGCGCUAGUUAGCUUGUUGCUAACAUGGGAGCUAUUAUGUUAUGAUUCCGAAUUCGGUGUUUUAUUUAUAAGUUUUUGUUUCUUGUUUUUUGUUAAACAGACAAUAAUGACUUGUGUCAUAGCAGAACUAUGUGUUGAAUUACACGUGUAAGAAUGUUUAGGCUAUCGAUACACUUCCGGGUUAAUUUUGUACCCUCCACACUUCCAUGGCCACCGCGGUGCUCGUCGCCGCUGUCGUCGGUGGCGGUGUCCUGCUUCUCAUGCGCCGCUUGUUCCCGCGUCAGAACGCAAUGAAGCUACUCCAGUACCCAGCGGACUUGAUGCGAGGGAAGACAGUCAUCGUGACCGGAGCUAACAGCGGCAUUGGGAAGGCCCUAGCCGGGGAGCUUCUCAAGCUCCAGGCUCGGGUCAUCAUGGCCUGUCGGGACCGGAAGAGAGCCGAGGAGGCAGCUCGAGACAUCCAGGAAGAGUCUGGACCAGGACAAGGGGAGGUGGUCAUUAAAGAACUGGACCUUGCAUCACUGAAAUCAGUCCGGAAGUUUUGUCAAGAAAUUCAGGAGGAAGAAAGAAAGAUCGACGUCCUUGUCAACAAUGCAGGCGUCUACCAGUGUCCCUACUCCAAGACAGAGGAGGGCUUUGAGAUGCAGCUGGGUGUCAAUCACCUGGGUCACUUCCUGCUCACGCACCUCCUGUUGGACCUCCUGAAGAGGUCGGCCCCCAGCCGCAUCGUGGUGGUGUCCUCUAAACUGUACAAGUACGGCCACAUCAACUUCGAUGACCUGAAUAGUGAAAAUAAUUACGACAAGGCCUUCUGCUACAGUCAGAGCAAGUUAGCCAACCUGCUGUUCACGCUGGAACUGGCACAGCGGCUGGAGGGCACGGGGGUCACGGUCAACGCUCUCACCCCCGGCAUCGUGAGGACCGGGCUGGGCAGACACGUUCACAUCCCUUUUCUGGCCAAACCGCUCUUCUCCCUCGCGUCGAUGGUCUUUUUCAAGACUCCGCUGGAGGGGGCCCAGACCCCUCUUUAUCUAGCGUGCUCCCCGGUGGUGGAGGGAGUGUCGGGGAAGUGCUUUGCUAACUGUGAAGAGGAAGAGCUGCUGGCUAAAGCUACAGAUGGACAGGCGGCUAAGAAACUGUGGGACAUGAGCAGGAAGAUGGUCGGACUGGAUGACCAAUGAAGUAUCCAAGCAUUUGAAAUGUAUUCAUUAAAAACAUGCUUUAAACUCCCA